AUGGAGGAAUUGAUUGAGGGUGUUCGCUGGGCCUUUAUUGACAUGCUGGAGAAAGAAAAUGAGUGGAUGGAUGCAGGGACAAAAAAGAAAGCCAAAGAAAAGGCAAGAGCUGUUUUGGCAAAAGUUGGGUAUCCUGAAUUUAUAAUGAAUGACACUUAUGUUAAUGAAGACCUCAAAGCAAUCAAGUUUUCAGAAUCCGACUACUUUGGCAAUGUCCUGCAAACCCGCAAGUAUUUAGCACAGUCUGAUUUCUUCUGGCUGAGAAAAGCGGUUCCAAAAACAGAGUGGUUUACGAAUCCAACGACUGUCAAUGCCUUCUACAGUGCAUCCACCAACCAGAUUCGAUUUCCAGCAGGAGAGCUCCAGAAGCCUUUUUUUUGGGGAACAGAAUACCCUCGAUCUCUGAGUUAUGGAGCUAUAGGAGUAAUUGUUGGACAUGAAUUUACACAUGGAUUUGAUAAUAAUGGUAGAAAAUAUGAUAAAAAUGGAAAUCUGGAUCCUUGGUGGUCUACUGACUCUGAAGAAAAGUUUAAAGAAAAAACGAAGUGCAUGGUUAACCAAUAUAGCAACUAUUACUGGAGGAAAGCUGGCCUAAAUGUGAAGGGGAAGAGGACCCUGGGAGAAAAUAUUGCUGAUAAUGGAGGUCUGCGGGAAGCUUUUAGGGCUUACCGGAAAUGGAUAAAUGAUAAGAGGCAGGGAGUUGAGGAGCCUCUCCUACCAGGCAUCACAUUCACCAACAAUCAGCUCUUCUUCCUGAGUUACGCUCAUGUGAGGUGCAAUUCCUAUAGACCAGAAGCUGCCCGAGAACAAGUCCAAAUUGGUGCUCACAGUCCCCCUCAGUUUAGGGUCAAUGGUGCACUUAGCAACUUUGAAGAGUUCCAGAAAGCCUUUAACUGUCCAUCCAAUUCCACGAUGAACAGGGGCCUGGACUCCUGCCGACUCUGGUAGCUGGACCGCUGGUGUAUGCCGUCCUGGGAGUUAGCUGUACAGUAGCGCAAGAGGCCACACAGAGCACUCAUCGCCACCGCUUUCGGCCUCGGUUCCUCCGAGGACUCCUAUUCUUAAUGCAUCUUCAUUAUUUGGGUGUUGCUUGGAUGUGAACAGUAUCUAUUCAAAUUGUAGGGCUUAACAAAAGGGAAUUUAAGAAGUGAACCAAAUAUGUUUCUUUAGAAAACCAAACCCUCAAAAAUAAAUCCCUAGGCUACUUUGGUUAAAGUAUUAUCUGCUGAAAUGUUGCUAUUGUCCAUUUUAGUGUAAACAGCUAAGUGGUACAUACCAUUUUAAUCCACAGCUUUGCAGAGGGCCUAAGUAGAAUGUAUCCAGAAAAAAAAAAUCAGUCUAUGAAAUAUGUAACCCUCCAUGAUGAGGACAUGUUCCUGGAUACCUGGUAGGUCUUACUUGCUCUGUAGAAUGCAGUACUAGAUUUUAUGUAUCGUUAUUCACAGUGUUUAUUAACUCUCUGGUAGCUAGGUUAGAAAUAUAUAUUGGAGCUUCAUUUUACAGUUUUUGAUGCAAUUUUUGCCUUCAGCUUUGAAGUCUUUUGGGAUGCAAAUGCCUCUCAUAGCUUCUGUCUGACGUAGCUGAUAGCUCUGUUCAAGUCGGCAUGAACAGAGCUGGCUGAAAGGCUACUUGAGAAAGGAUUUCAGUUUCCCAAAUAGAAAAAAGAAAAAAGAAAAAAGGAUGUGUCUUGAAGGCCCAGAAGAAGUCAAAACUCCCAGUCACUAGGCGACGAAAUCUCCAACAUUGGAUCUAUUCUGCCCAAACCUCAGUGACUAUGCCUGUCUGCUGGGUACUUCUUUAGUCCAAUUCCUCUUUGUCUUGUUUCCCUCACAGAUGUGCAUUCUUUUGUUUUUGAAAUGAACAGGCACUGAGAAAUGAUUUUCUCAUUCUCCAUUAAGAAUGUGUGGCUUCCAUUCCCCCUUUAGCUCAGGGGACCAGAUACCACUUCUGUUUUGGCUCAGUUACGUUACCUCUCUUUGAAAAACGUGUUUUGAAAAAUUUCUUGAUUGAAGACAUUUUAAACUCUAUUGUUUGAAUUAAAACUUCCUUGCAUAAUCCAAAGGAACAUAAUUUUUACUGUCCAAGUCUUCUAAAGAGUCUGUAAGGAAGAUCAGCCCUGGGUUUUUGAGUCUCAGAACUUUAUCCUUUCAGGUGAAUGCCUCCAUGUCUUAUUAGUGUGUGUAGGGAGAGAUUGUAAUGGCCUUACAGUGGCUACUUGGCAUUUCCAGUUUCUUAAAAUAGCCAUCCUCCCUUAACUUUAUUCAUUGUGUACGUGGUUUGGGGUUAAGUGAGCCAAUAGGAAAAAUCUCAGAAGCAAAAUGACAAAUUCAGACUAACCAUUGGAGGCCAUUUUGCAUCCCUGUGAUUUGUUUUCCAUUUCUUUGUUUGUUUAAUGUAAGUGUGUGCCAUGUCCUUUUGUAACCAUGGGAACUUCCCAAGGGAGAAAAAUGCAGGGUCCCCACCAUAAGGAAAACAAUUAAACUGUGUUAGUCAAAACAUAGUGAUUUUCCCCUUGAAUUGCUCCUCUCUAAAUGAAUAAACUUUGGAAGGGCAGCUACCUUUUCCUCCUCUUAACCAAGGCUUAAUGUGACUUUAGCAUGACUUAUUUUUAAAAACAAGUGCUAUUACGUUAGGAGUGCUGGAAGUGUACAUGCCUUUUCUCUGGAGGAGCCAUUCUGAUUUGCUUUAGGCAUACAAGAUACUCCUUGUUUUAUCCCACAACUUGGACAUUUAGAAUCCGCCAAAGUCUGUUAUGCACAUAUGAAUACUGUUUUCCUUCUAGAUUUCUCUUUUAAACUCCCAAUAAACACAUUCCUGUAGGUCAGAGAAAGUAGAAUUACGACUUUGGAAGUGGGAAUCAUGCAGUCACUUGUCAGUUGAGGAAACCUGGUUGCUAAAUGAUGUGGCUGCUUUGUCCUGAUUAAAUUUACUUGAUGUAACUCAUUUCUACUGAAAGUUGUAGAUACGAUGGCCGUUAUUAAAACAAGAGCUGCGAUACCAAAUCAUCACUACAAGCUACAAUGGUUUUCUGGUAGGAUUGGAUUUCCAAAUACACACUCAUGUUUCAAUUUUCGAUUAUACUCUUGUUGCUUCUCUUCAAUACAGAUUGCUGAAGGAAGCAGACACUGAUUAAGUGCUAGAGGGAAGAAGGGAAAACGCAACUGGAAGGAAAGGUAAAAAAGUAGGGAGAAGCUGGCCCCAGAAUGCAAUUCAGAAGAGAAGACAGGAUUUGGGCAAUCCUUGUUAAGCAUAUCCAUUGGAGUCGAGCCAUCGAGUCUUACAAAAAUAAUUAUGGUAAAUUAAAAGGAAAUGAGAUAUUGGAUCACAGACAAGACUACCACAGCAGACUUCUCUGAUGCACAUACCACAUGUUCUACCAGUGAACUCUUGUCUGCAUGUUGGAAGGAGUUAGGUUUUUUGGGAAAUUCUCCCGGAUUAGUCAAGGAUUUUAUGUAUAUAAAGUGGUAUUAUUUGAGCUUAUCAACAUUGCCUAAAGUUUGUUGAGCCUUCCACCAACCACACAGCAUUGGCCUCCUAUUUCCAUUUUUUCCUUUUAUGAGACAGACUUGGACAUGACUAAUGCGAGCUUGGAUUCGUAAAUUAUCCUGAAGUUUAUUCAGUUCCUUUCCUCAAUGGAGCUUAAAGCAUGGCACAUAAAUUUUAUCUUAUUUAGCCCUGGAGCAUUGCUAAGAAGCAACAAGGAAUGAUGGCUUGCCGCACAGGUUAUGCUCGUGCCAGAGAAGUGGAGAGAGGUUUGAAAUUGCUUGUCAAGUGUCCCAGAAUCAGGAAAAGCAGAGUCUUUGUCCUUUGGGCCACUGAUCUCUGCAUUAACCUUCAUCCUUUAGAUGACCCCAUUUCUAAAUACAUUUAUUCUCUCAGUAUUUCCUCAGUCACUUAGCAUUUAAUGGGGCUUCUUCCUUGAUAUUUCUAACAUAAUGUUUCAAUUGCAUAUUAAGUUAAUGAAGAAUACAUGAUUGUUUCAUGCAGCAGCAUUUUCCUCGCCAGUGGCAGUGCCCCCACUGGUUUGAAGAAAGGUGUUCUUGGAUUAUGCAUUUUAUGUCUAAAUGGUCAUUGUAUUUUCUUCCCUGACUUGUGAAACAAUGAGAGCAAUCAUUUUAAGGACAAUAAAAAGUUGAAGAUU